UUCCCGGGAAGACAAACAAUUCAAUUUAGCCAAGUGUCCAGCCUCUCCAAUAAAACUGUCCAGUUAUGACUCGAUUUGGUGUAAUGUUAUCUUAAAUUCAGCUUUAUACUAACGUAUGUUUCAGGUGGUUUGUAGCUUGCAAUUAUUUGCUGUCCUAACUGACGAAAUGUAUGUAUGCUACCGUUAGCUAGCUCAACGUUAGCAGUUGUUUGAAAACUACUGGUAUUCAUCCAGAGAAAAUGUCAACGGAGCAGAGGACGAGCUGGAUACUGACAGGGGCUACGGUUGCCUGUGUCACAGCUCUGUAUGUGCCCUGUGUGCAGAGGACGGUUCCCGGUGGAGACUCAGGAGAGCUGAUCACCACUGCUUGUGAGCUGGGGGUGGCCCAUCCUCCAGGAUACCCUGUCUUCACCCUACUAGCUCGCCUGGCUAUGUGUCUCCUGCCCUCACUCUCUCCAGCCCACAGUGUGAACCUGAUGAGCAGCCUGCUGGGGGCUGCAGCCUGCGGGGCCCUCUGCAUUACUGUCUGCAGGUUAGCGGGCCCUGGCCCCGGAGCAGUGCUGAGUGGAGGGCUCUUCGCUGUGUCCAGGCUGAGCUGGCAGUGGUCCGUGGUGGCAGAGGUCUUCACCCUCAACAACCUCUUUGUCGGUCUGCUCUUCUUCUUGACGGCCAGCUUCCAGUGUGCUGAAAACACCACCCAGAGGGCAAAGAUUGCACACUGGGGAGCGCUGUGCUGUGGCCUGGGGCUCUGCAACCAGCACACCCUGGUGCUGUACGUACUGCUCAUCAUUCCCUGGGUCAUUCAUCGACUCCACUCUGUAGGGGAGCUUUCUUUGCGUGGCCUUGUGUCUCUGGGGUUGUGUUUCCUCGCUGGCUUUCUGCCGUACAUCUACCUGCCCAUCUCCUCCUACCUCAACACCGCCCGCUGGAGCUGGGGGGAUCAGACCACCCUGUCCGGUCUGCUGACCCACCUGCUGAGGGCCGAAUAUGGCACCUUUAGUCUGGCAAAGACGGAGAGCUCUGUAGGACUGGCAUCAAUGCUGAAGGCCCAGUUGGACCACUGCCUGAAAGAUCUUUCACUUCCUGUCUUGGCUCUAGCUGGAGUAGGCCUUCUCCUCUCCUCCUGGGACAGGACGUGUCGCUCGGUGUCCUGGCUGUUGACUGCCAUGAUGUUUGUCUACUCACUGUUUUUUGCCUGGAGAGCAAACCUGGACAUCAGCAGACCCCUCCUGCUUGGAGUGGUUGAGCGUUUCUGGCUUCAGAGCGAUGCUGCAGUGUGUGUGCUGGCAGGCCUCGGCUUGAGCCGAACACACACCGAGCUGGAGAGGAGGCUGGGCCGUGGGGGGUUGUGGAAGACCACAGGCUGGGUCCUCACCAUGGCUCUGCUGGCACAUAUGGUGCGCACCAAUCACAGGGAGUGCGAUCAGAGCAGGAACAGCGUGGUGGAGAGGUUCGGCAGGGAGCUUCUGGCCUCCGUCCCAAGCAGCGCAAUCAUCCUGACCAGAGGGGAUCUGCCCGGCAACUCCCUUCGCUACUUACACUACUGCCAAGGCGUGCGGCCCGAUGCACGUCUGGUCGACCAGGAGAUGAUGACGUACGAUUGGUAUGUGGCCAAGCUGGCGCAGCACCACCCUGGGGUGAACUUUCCUGGUCGCUGGUGGGACCCACUCCACCCUGAGGGGAAAGAAACCUUCAGUCUGGAAGAGUUUCUGUCCUACAACAUACAUAGGCAUGUGGUGGCCUGCAUUGGGCUGCCUGAUGGAGACCGCAGCUGGGAGCAUAGCUUCUCUCGUUGGCCCCUGGGUGUGUGUGACUACCUGGUGCCGGUUCAGAGGCAGUUUCACCCUGAAAGGUGGGCCAAGAGCACGCGCAACAUCUACAACUGGAGUGAACCACACAACAGUUUCCAUCCUGCGUCCUGGGAGCGUGUCGCUAAUGAGGAGAUGUGGCAAGCCAGGAUGAAGACGGCUUUCUUUCUGUUUGACCUGGCAGAAGGGAUGCAGGGAGAGGGGAAAGCUCGCCUCUUUGAGCUGUCUUACACUCUGUAUAAGGAGAUUGUGGAGGCCCACUCAGACUACCCUCCAAACUGGGACAAGAACUUGGCACUGGCCUGCGAGAGGCUGCUCCGCUCGGGUCACCGGGGCUACAGUCCAGACAGCCUGCUGACCUUAGGUGCCCAGCACUUUAGUCUCUACUUAAAGAAGGAACCCACAGAUCCCCAGACCGCUGCCAUACGCUCAGCCAUUACUAGUUUACUCAAAGAGAGAGACGAGCUUCGCCAGAGCCGAAGGCAAACCCCAUAACUGGAUCCAGAGACCUACCCGAAGUGCAUGGCACUGGGGACGGAGUCUGAGCCAAUGUGCCUCUUCUUUAGGUUUGGAGAUAGUGCUCUAGAAGGCUAAUAUGUCACUCAGUUCAAUUGUGGGCUAAAUGGACUGGGACCUAUUGGAGUUGGGAGUCAGAUGUUGGUUACACAGAAAUACUGGGACGUCGUUAUCAAGCAGCACAAAGGACGGAGACCCACAACUCAGCAUGCUUCAUUUGGAGAACAUUUACAGUUGACCCAGGUCAGAGCCUGCCUUCAAGAAGCCUGAACUGACCCCAAUCAAACUGUGCGUGCUCCCCUUAAAAUCAGCCAUUCGAUUGCUUUAUCGGUAAAUCUCGUUCUUUUUCUCUCCUCUUCUGCUCUCACAGCUUUUAACGUGCUGAUUAUAGUUUCUCAGCCACUGCUCUACUUCUCUUUUUCUCACAUUAGGAUGGUAAGGCUGAGAUUGAGGGAAAACCAAUUUGGGGGCCGAAAUGGGGGAUUAGAGUGGCUGUUUAAUCUAGGACAGACUUGUGCUGUGCCACACAGUCCUCACUUCGCAUGACCGGCACUACCCACCCACCCAACCCUCUAUCCGCCCAUCAGUCUAUCUUAGAUGGUCCUUUAAAUGUUUAAAACUAAUGGAUUCCAUGAGUGUUUUUUCCCUCUCUUCCUUCCUAACGGGAGGGCUGUAAUCCCUCAUGGAUUUAAAUGAAAUGUAAAAUGUCACGAUGCCAGGGACCCUUUUAGAGGUGCGUUUCUGUGUGCAUGCUUGCAUGUGCUGUGUGUGUGUGAACACGCUUAAAUAUCCACCCAAGCCUUUUUCAGGCCGGAGCCGCAUAUAAACGUAGUCAAUAAACAGAUCGGCACACUAAAAAGGAAAGUACUUUGAUUAUCCUACAAGCACAAAGUCAUGCGAAACUCCAGGGACAAACGGAAACACGCACGACCAUCAGCCUGAACAUUAGCCCUGUGAGGGUUGCUCGAGACACAUCGUAGCGUUCAACAGCGAGAGGACCAGCGAGUUCUCAGGGUUCAAAACCUCAGCUGCACACUGUGUCCCUAAAGGCUGGUGCUGAGGUUAAUGAACAUUGUUUCACAACAGUCAAACCUUUUCUACAAGGUUUAUAAACACUGCUGGAUCAGCCUGCUGUUUGAGACGCCACUAGAAAGUGAACGGCAGUAAGUGCAUAUGUGGUUUUCUCAGAGUGUAUUCUGCCCUGUCUGUCAGCUGGCCGGAGGAUGAGUCGACCUGCUGGAGCACAGAUGGUUUGGUUACUCACAAAAAGGGAAAAUUGUCCCUCUAAAGAUUCAAGUAUUUUAAUAAAGAUUCAGAUUUUUUUCUA